UGAAAAAACACCAACAAAGAAGAAGAAGGAGCCAGCAGAAGGAGCUUCCGGGGACAUUGAAGCAGAACCGUCCCUUUGCCCGCAGCCUCCUGUCGUGAGCGUCAUCAUGGCUUUCCUCUGCAGAAGUGCGGCUUCGCUGCUGAAGUCCUCGCGAGCAGCGCCGGCCGCCAUGUGCGCGGCGCGCGGCUACAGCGCAGGUGGUCAAUACGAGUACAUCUUGGUGGAAAAGCGAGGCGAGAAGAGCGAUGUGGGUUUCAUCCAGCUGAACCGGCCCAAGGCUCUCAACGCUCUGUGCGACGGGCUGAUGAGGGAGCUGGGGGAGGCCCUGGACGCCUUCGAGGCCGACGGCGAGGUCGGCGCCAUCGUCCUCACCGGCAGUGAAAAAGCCUUCGCUGCCGGGGCGGACAUCAAAGAGAUGCAGAACCGGACCUUCCAGGAGUGUUACGGUGGGAACUUCCUGGCUCACUGGAACAGAGUGUCCACGGUGAAGAAGCCCGUGAUUGCCGCUGUCAAUGGAUUUGCUCUCGGCGGAGGCUGUGAGCUGGCGAUGAUGUGCGACAUCAUCUACGCUGGAGAGAAGGCUCAGUUUGGGCAACCAGAGAUCCUUUUGGGGACCAUUCCUGGGGCGGGGGGCACCCAGCGUCUGACGCGUGCGGUGGGCAAGUCCCUGGCCAUGGAGAUGGUGCUUACAGGGGACCGAAUCAAUGCACAAAACGCCAAGCAAUCAGGUUUGGUGAGUAAAAUCUAUCCGGUGGACCAGUUGGUGACUGAAGCCGUUAAAUGUGGCGAAAAAAUUUCUGCCAACUCCAAACUGGUCUGUGCCAUGGCUAAAGAGGCUGUUAAUGCUGCUUUCGAACUGACUCUGGCUGAGGGUAAUCGUUUGGAAAAGCGCUUGUUCCACGCCACCUUCGCUACAGAUGAUCGUAAAGAAGGCAUGACCGCAUUUGUCGAGAAGAGGAAGGCCAGUUUCCAAGAUAAUUAAAAACAAAAGAGCUCGACCAAGGACGCAAAGUCAGUCAUUUCCUCAUCUGCAGUGAGGCAGAAGUUCUGAUUUGUAGUGGUUCGAAGGAGAUGUUUGGAUCCGGAAGUGGCACUAAGUGAUUGCAGUGAAGCUCCACCUGUUUGAACACUUACUCUGCUCGUGAGUAUUCGGUAGAAAUAGUCUUGAUGAUUUUAACUGACUUUGCCUUUUCAUUUUCACUCAAAUAUUUGUCCUGCAUUUUGAAGGCCUCUGAUUUUUCUGUACAUUUUGCAAAUAAAUCUCUCAAAUGGG